AUGGUACUCCUGACAGUAGAUUCUGUUUCCACAUCGAUCUAUGAAAACCUUUUGACGACAUUAAUUCAAGACAUUGUCGCGCGAACGGCUGUCAACGCUCAAAGAAUUCGUUCUUGUUAUGGAGAUGAAGUGAAACCUUAUUAUCACGAUGAUCUUGGCAAGACAGAUAUUCUCGGUCGUCCCAAACAGCAAGACAGUUCUAUCUAUUUCCACUGCGAAAACUGCAACCGAGAUGUUUCAGCCAAUCGGUUCGCCGCGCACAUUGAAAGGUGUUUGUCGAGAGGCAGGCGCAGAUGA